AUGGAGGGAACAAUGCAGCUAGAGGGAAAUUUGAAUUUUGCGAAUGGAGGGAACAACGUGGCUGGUUCCUCUAGUUUUGUUGCCUCUGCAACUCAAGGACAAGUGGUGGAUGAUGAGGAUGGGAGACCGGAUGGGGACCCACGACAUUGGGACCCUCCUCCUGACUGUGAAAACAUGAAAGAUGCUUCAAAAUCGGGUCUCGAGAGCGUGAAAGAUGACUUGGAAAAGAUGAUAGAGGUGAAGGCUCUCAAACCUUGGAACCACCUUUUUGUAAACAAACCCAUGGGUAAAUUGUCCUUCCCCUCUAUGGAAGACAUUUCUGAUAAAAAAAAAGGCAAAUUUGCUAUUGCAGUUCCAGAUAUGGUCAUCGAUCAUAGUAUCUCUCUAAUGGCCUUUUCUCUAGUGAGAAAGUUUGUUGGACCAUGGCCCAAUAUUGAGGAUGUUAGAUCCUUUGUUAAGAGGAAAUGGAGGCUGAAAGGGCAGAAAAAAUCUAGGGCUAGUAAGGAUGAUCAUUUGAUGGCAAAUGCACAUAUUUCAAAUAGUCACGUUGAUUUUGAGUCUGAUGAUGAUUUGUCAAAUGUUCCUCUCCAUAAAAAAGGAAGAGUUGAUGAUGUUGAUAAAGAGGACACAGAUGUUGAAGCUGGUAUGGAGGAGGAACAGGGGAAGGAGGUUGAUUAUGAAGCGGAGAGUGAGAAGAAAGAGGAUGCUGGAGAUGAGGAGGAGGAUGAGGAGGUGGAAACCAGUGAGGCAGAGGAUGAAAUUAAAAUGCAGGAUUGGUCGGAAAAAGAUUUGGUAAAAGGAGACUUGAAACAUCUGGAAGAUGUGAUCAGAAUUGUUAAAGAUAAAGCCGAGGUUGAAAAUGAAGUCAUCAUCAAUCGGGUUGCUAAAACUAAGAAGGCUUUGAAGAAUUUCAUGAAUCACAGUCUUGAGGUCUUGAGGGUUUCAUCUCAAAAUAUGAACGCCCUGGUGGAUUGUCCAGAGAGGAACCAACAAAACAAAGAGACGGUGAUCAUUGAUGAUAUGCCAACCUCCAACUCUGCUCCCCAAACUUCCAGGCAUAGAACUAGGCAGAUGACCUGUGAUUUGAAGAUAAAGACUAAAGACAUUCAUCUGAAGCAGGAGGACAAAGACCUGAGAGAAGUCGCUAAGGCUAUGAUGAUGCUGGUCAAGGAUGCAAAAGAGUCCAUAAAAGUUUUUAUUUGA